AUGCCAAAGCGAAAGAAUUCCGGACAAUCGGAUGAGACCCGGAAAGCGACUAAUCUAACCGACUUCAACGACAUUUUCAAGAAUCUGAAUCCAGCGUCUGCAUUCACUGCGCGGAUUCUGCCCGAGAACCUAUUACUGAGUCAGCCAACAGCAACGGACAACGAGCAACGCGCCGCAAAGCGCCGAGCGGAUGAAGAGAGAGACGCUGUUGCGAAAAACUUGUUAAACUCAACUGGACUUGGCAGAGCUGUUAUUCCGGCCGCUGUCAUUGCUCCAACUCUUGCCACUGCUACAGCAACAUCGAAGAUGGCACCACUGAUCGUGACGAGUACAGCAAAGAAUACAGCAAUGUCGACACGUGGAAAGAGCUCCGGAGAGGGAGAAUAUCAGCUCAUCAAAAAUGAGGUGCUCUGCUCUCCCUACGGAAAUCACUACGAAGUACUCGAGUUCCUGGGCAAAGGAACAUUCGGUCAAGUUGUGAAGGCGUGGAAGAAAGGAACCAGUGAAAUCGUGGCAAUCAAGAUCCUCAAAAAGCACCCCAGCUACGCACGACAGGGACAAAUCGAAGUGUCGAUUCUCUCCAGGCUGAGCAAUGAAAAUUCGGAAGAGUUCAACUUCGUUCGUGCUUUCGAGUGCUUCAACCACAAAAGCCACACAUGUCUUGUCUUCGAGAUGCUCGAACAGAACCUCUAUGACUUCUUGAAGCAAAACAAGUUCAUGCCGCUUCCACUCAAUGCCAUUCGCCCGAUUCUGUUCCAAGUGCUUACUGCACUCAACAAAUUGAAGUCGCUCGGUUUGAUUCAUGCUGAUCUGAAACCUGAAAACAUCAUGCUGGUCGACCCGCAACAGCAACCAUACCGAGUGAAGGUCAUUGACUUCGGAAGUGCUUCUCAAAGGCACAAGGUUGUAACUAAUACCUAUCUACAAAGUAGAUACUAUCGCGCGCCCGAAAUCAUCCUCGGUCUUCCAUUCAACGAGUCAAUUGACAUGUGGUCAUUGGGUUGCGUGAUCGCUGAACUCUUCCUCGGCUGGCCAUUAUACCCGGGAAGUUCGGAGUAUGAUCAGAUUAGAUUCAUCAUCCAAACUCAAGGACUUCCACCAACCACAAUGCUGGAAAACGCAUCGAAGCUUCAUCGAUUCUUCAAGGAGGUCAAGUCUGGAAGCCCAAACCACACUAACAUUCACGGAAGCUACUACCGCUUGAAGACUGUCGAAGAGUAUGAAGCGUCCUCUGCCACCGCCAAGUCCAAAGAAACAAGAAAGUAUAUUUUCAACGUGCUCGAGGACAUCACCCGUGUCAGCUACACCUUCGAAUCGGAUCCAGUCGAGCAAAUCUGUGAUAGGCUCGAUCGCCAAGAGUUCGUUGAGGUUCUCAAGAAGAUGCUCGUCUUGAACCCAGACUUCCGUAUGAUGCCAUCAGAGGGAUUGGAAUCCAAGUUCGUCAACAUGACCCACCUGACCCCUUAUGCUUUCUCUAACUACAUCCACGAAGCUCACAAGAGAAUGGAGAUCUGCCGAAAGAACAGUCUACCAACUCAGUAUCGUGUUCCAAACGUGCCAACUCCAAUCACUCCAGCCGAGAAAGUGAUCCCACAGAAGCUUCAGCAACCAAUAAUUGCCAUGCUUCCGCCACAGAUGAGCGGUCUCCCAAAUUCUAGUAUCCCCCCAGCUCAGCCGGACCUCUCGAAUAUGUUGCAUCAUUACACACAACAAAUGGCUACAGCAAAUGGAAAUGGACAAUUCUUCUACCAACCCAUACAAACUGGACCACUCUUCCAGUAUGCGCAGCUCCAUCACCCUUUCGUCCCCCGACCACCGCAUUUUUUAUCCCUGGCCACCCCGAGUCAUAUGGUUCCACAGUUUGUGCCGGUACCCAUAAUGGAUCCAUCAAUGCUUCAGGGACAGUGGCCACCAGGCACCGCGCAACAAUUCGCCGUACUCGCAAAUGAUAUGAUGCGAGCACCGCAACCCGCACUGCCGCAGAUCAACACCCUGAAUCAGGUGUUCGGGAACAAUCCACAACCUUUCGGGCUUCCACCGUUCUUGGCUCAACCCAUGCCGAACACUGCGUUUAAUCCGCCUACAAUCCCGUUCCCUGACGAUAACUCCAGCUGGGGAUUAGGACAAAAUCUGCUUCAGCCAAAUUUAUUGCAACAAAAUCUACCAGCAGCACAAAACCAACAACCUCGCAUUCAACCAGUCAUCAAUACAGCUCCAAAGCCAAAACCAGCUGAAUCAGGAUCACAAGAAGAGAAGAAAGACUCACCGGCGAUUUCUGUCAUCACCCUGUCCAGCGAUGAGGAUAGCAAUGGUCCAAGCACAAGCAACAGUGGAAGUUCUACUCGCACUGGAGCUGUCAAUCCAAUUAGACCGGACCCACUGAAUUUUGGAAACCUUUUCAAAACAGAGGAAAACUUCAUCCCAGCUACCACUUUUGAUACCGCCGCUCUUCCAAAUGUCAACCUUUACCCGAUGUCCCAACUUUUCGAUCCAAAAACUGUCGCUGGCCUUCUCCCAAACCCAUUUUUGGAUCCACCUAAUAUUCCAAGAGCUUUUAAUAACUAA